UUUUUUAUUUUCUAUUAUUGAUAUAUUAAGCUUACACAAUUUCAACAUAGUGUGUAGUUUAUAUAUAUAAUUUAUAAAUUACAGAUUAAAUCAUCCUAUAAUCCUGUAAUAUUUUCUCUUCUCGGAACCAGAGCAACGUAAUUAUGGUAUGUUCUCACUGAUGGUUUACUGUAAUUUACCUUAUGUGCAGGCGAUGAAUAUUGCAAGAAGUAUGGGGUUUAUCUUUAGUAGAAUAAAUCACCUAAAAGAACGUUUAUUUUCGUCUAAAAAUUUAUUGUACACAAAUGUAGGAAUAUCAAUUUCUCUUUCUGGUAUAGGAGAUGUUUUAGAGCAGCAUUAUGAGAUAUUAAAGGGUGAAUGGAAUAGUUGGAAUUUUACCAGAACAAGAAAUAUGGCUAUAUCUGGUAUGUUUAUUGGGAUAGCUUGUCAUCACUGGUACAAUUUCUUGGAUGCUAAAAUGGCUGGACGUACCAUCGGUAUAGUUUUAAAAAAAGUGAUUGUAGAUCAGUUGAUUUGCUCACCUCUUUGUAUAAGUAUACUUUUCUUAACGCUAGCAGUGCUAGAGAACAAUAGCUUAACAGAAUUAAAAGAUGAGAUCCAAAAGAAAGCACAUAGAUUAUAUAUAGCUGAAUGGGUUAUAUGGCCUCCAGCACAAGUCAUCAAUUUUUAUUUUCUUCCCACGCGAUAUAGAGUGCUUUAUGACAACACAAUAUCUCUUGGUUAUGACGUAUACACUAGCCACGUGAAACAUGAUAAUAGUUGAUGCUAUCUUCUCUAAUAAUUUGCGAAAUUACAAAUAUAUAUAUAUUAGGCAAAUAAAUAAAUUUAAAUAAAUAUCA